CAGCACUGGACCAUGCCGCUGCAUGCUGCAUAUCAACAGACAUGCUAUCUAUCUACGCGUCGAUGGCGCCGCCAUCCCAGCCAUUCCCACCUGCGGGCGAGGACUCCCCGGAGCUACACUGCAGGAUGGAUGCCCAGGUGUGGUGUCGCUACUUUCUCGAGUGCGAUGAGAUCUCGACGCCCUGUAGGCGUGACAGCAGCUUCUGUCACCUACCACUGAUGUUAGAUCGCCGUACAACACUCCAAUAUGAGAGCCACAAGCACUGUGUUGUGCACGCUGGCUCAGGUCUUGUGCUUGGCUCCAGUAUGCGCAGUGGAAGAUACCCACCGCCCAGUUGAUCCUGCUCUCAGCUCCCUGAGCUCUGUGUUGUCGGGAGAUGCUGCGAUAUAUUUCCCGGGGUCCGAGGGCUUUACCAACGGUACCCUCACUCUGGCAGCGAAGAAGCCCCAGCUGGAUGCUUUGGUCAGGGUGGUAACAGAAGAGGAUGUUCGGAAUACGAUUCGGUAUGCCGACGCCUUCAACAAACCCUUUCUUGCCAUCACGGGCGGCCAUGGCGAGACAUGGGACCUCGGCAAUGUCGAGAAUGGAAUUGGCAUCUCGAUGCGCGGCAUGGCGUAUGUCCGCAUCUCUGACGACGGCAGGACUGCGACAAUCGGCGGAGGGACCCAGUCGGGCGAGGUGAUUGCCGCAUUAUGGGCAAAGGGAAAGCAGGCCGUCGCCACUGCCUGCGACUGCGCAGGUAUCAUAUCCCCCAUGCUCGGCGGGGGUCACGGUUGGCUUCAGGGCCAGCACGGCUUGCUGACAGACAGCAUUCUUUCGGCGCGGCUCGUGCUCGCCGACGGGACCGCUGUGACUGCUUCACCCACCGUGAACAGCGACCUGUUCUGGGCGAUCCGGGGCGCUGGUCACAACUUCGGGAUCGUGACCUCGGUCGAGUACCGCAUCUUUGACGUCGAGCCGGGACAGGGCCGCCUGUGGGCUUACGAGGAGUACGUCUUCAGGCAGGACAAGCUGGAGGCGUUGUUCGGAUGGGCCAACGGGCUGCUGGAGGGUGAUGCAAGCUCGCCGCGGCCGGUUGAGCUAUCGCAUUAUGGGCACUUCGAGUUUCGCCCUGAUGUUGACUCUGAGAAUCCAGUUAUCGUCUUCUGGCUAAUCUGGCAGGGCCGUGGGACAGUGCCGCCGAUAUAUACGGACCACGCCCGCUCUCUGAUCCCUGUGAGCAUCAAAGCCGGCACCACGGACAUAACAGGCAUGAACGCGGUGGCAGGUGCAGCGUACGGCACGGUAGCUUGUGCCAAAGGCUCAAGCAGCGCGAUGCUCUUCGGCGUGUCCCUGAGGAGAUGGAGCAUACCCGGCCUGCGGGCAACGCUAGACAUCUACAAAAACCUCCCGCCUGAGCUGCGCAACUCCUUCGUCCUCCUCGAGGCCUACUCGACCAGGGGGGUCGAGGCCGUCCCCGCCGACGAGACGGCGUACCCGGACCGAUUCAACCAGAUCCUGGCCAGCCCAACCAUGUACUAUGCACCAGGAAACGACACCCUGGAUGACAUGGCGGCUGACUUUGGGACGCGGAUGAGGACUGCGUUGAGGGAUGGCAGCGGGCAGCCCCUGCAUGCGUACGUAAACUACGCGCACGGUGACGAGAGCCUCGAGGCGCUAUAUGGGUACGAGGACUGGCGGCUGUGGAGGCUUAGGAGGCUCAAGGCUAAAUAUGACCCGUUUGAGAAGUUCGGGUAUUAUGCGCCUAUCGCCCCUUUGGGAAUUGAAACACAAGAUACGAUGGAAAGACCCGUGCGCUGAGGAUUGUAUAUGUCGAGCGCGGCUCAAAAGUCGAACCAUUGUGAAAAAUCGAGGACGGGCUACCCGAAAAAAAAUGACGGAGGACUUGGCUCCAGGGAUAGAUAAGCAAGGAAGAAUGAUCCUAGAUGACUGCUUACAUGUGCUGGUUCUGAGAUAUCAUAUGUGUUAUUUUCUACCUUUACGAGCGAGGAGACCUGAACAGGAG